GGUGGGGGCUGUAACUUGACCUUGCCUCUUAAUGGCUGUGGGACACUGGUGCCCCGUCCCACUGGCCUGUCUGCCCCUCCGUUGUGUCUAUUUAUAAAGUCCAGACACAGAGCAGAGGUUAUUGCUAAACACAAAGUGACAGGCGGAGAGAAGACAGAGGUGAGAUAAAAGAUGCCUGGGGGCCAUCAUGAGCAUUGCAUCACGUGUUACAGUGUCCACUGCCACGUCCCUGUGCAGAUCUCCGUCUCAUGCAUAGUCGUCAAGUGUCGUCACAACUGUGGCGCCACCUUCCAUAUGUGCAAGCAAGAGGAGCACCAUCUUCUCUGUCCCAACGAGACGGUCCCAUGCCUCAAUGUCGAGUACGGGUGUCCUCUUACCCUGGUCCGUCACAGGAUGGCCAAACAUCUGGAGGUGUGUCCCGCCAGCGUGGUCUGCUGCUCGCAAGAGUGGAACCGCUGGCCUGUUUCAGAAACGGACGUGGCCUUCUACAAAAAUGUUUUGGAAAGCCCUCAAACUGAGGUCAACCUGGAUGUUGCCUUGGCUCUGAGGGACCAAGAGCUGCUGUUUAGAUCCAUCAAAAUGAAGAACAUCUUCCCCGAGUUGAUGGCAGGGGGUUUUGCCCCUCAGAAUGGUUCUGCUGGGGUCAACGGUCCUGCAGAUGAAACAACCUCUUCUUUAGAUCAUGUAGAGUUUUUUGAAAAUGGCUCCGAGAGGAUGGAGAGAAGAAGAAGUCAAGACGAGAGGGAGGCUUUGGCAAGGAAUGGGGAUGUGGAUGGCAUACAGAACUACACCCCCUGGGAGAAAAUAUUCAACAAGGAGAUGGAGGGAUGUAAGCAAACAGUGAAAAACUUGAACGAGAAGGAGGAAAAGGCAAAGGAGGAGCAAGAAUCAUCAAACCGCCCGGGGGAGACAAAAGACUCCCACCAGAGCCGAGAGAGCACUGCUGAAACUCCGAGAACGGACGCAGCUGACCUUGCGCCGUGGCACGACGGGGUCCUCCAGAGGUUGAGCAGGGAAGUCAACAUUGCUGAGUACAACAUGUACCUGGCGCACAACGGGGCCAUGUUGAUCAACUUUGGCCAACUUUCGGCUUGCACCCCGAGAGAGAGGGAUUUUGUUUAUGGGAAUCUGGAGCCAAUCGAGGUUCAAACCAUCCGCUCAUUUAUUGCUCCAACUAGCUAUCGGGCCAAGCGCAAUUACCUGAAGGAUCGGAAGGUCAAGACCAAUGCUAGCGUUGACACGGCAGAUUUGGGUGUUCUGGUCAAGGAUCUCCCAAAGUGCGACGAGGUCAGCGCCACACUCCUGCUCUCCCUGGAAAGGGAACUGAGAGGACAUUUGAUCUCGGAGAGUGCAGGCAGGGACGGUCUUUACGUAGAUAUAGGGACUCAAACAUACAACUUUGCCUGCGCGCCGUUUCACACAGAAGCUACUCUGGCGGAUGUCGUCUCCGACCAACCCCGCGCUCUUCAUGUGCAGGUGGAAGCGGAGUCUGUCACCAGAAGACACAACAGAACCAGUUCAGCCUUCAGCCACAUGUGUGGCCUCUUCUUUCGGCGAGAUGAAUACCGCUCUCAUUUCAGGAACGUGCACUGCGACAUACAGGCGUCUCUGAGCGGCUGGUUCCAACAACGCUGCCCUUUGGCGUACCUUGGUUGCGCAUUCGCCCAGACAAGAUUUCACCCGGCAGGUCAUCGAGCCAACGUCAAAUUCUGCCAAAAUGUCAGCGCCUUUGUCCUCGAGCCAGAAGUCCCUUCACUCCUGCGUGAAGGCGGGGAAACCUUCAGCCCGAAGACAAGUGGCACACAUAAUCUGGAUCCCAUGAGCGGAUUGCCCCUGGAGAUCCUUCGGCACGUUGCUGCCUAUCUUGACAGUUUCACAUUAUCUCAGCUGUCCCAAGUCUCCCAUCUCAUGAGAGAAGUGUGUGCCACAUUGUUGCCGGAGAGAGGGAUGGUCUUUCUCAAGUGGAAGAAAAAGACAUAUUCCCAUGGGGGAAGCUCCUGGAAAUGUCGAAAGAAAGUUUGGGAGUUCAGCUCUAUGUUUUCCUCUGUGGAAAAAUGGAACCUCAGCUGCACUUCUUCCAUGUCAGAUCACCUGAAAACCUGCUCCUUCUACCAGAGAGAGAAGCACACCGAGCCGGUGGCUUUAGCCUGCCUAGGGGAGGUCAGAGACAAACGUGGAGAAAUCAAGUGCAAAAGAUAACGCUCAGGAUCCCAGAGCGACAGGAGUCAUUUUGGAUUCGGACCUGCUCAUAAAUACUGAACAUAGGAAGAUUUCACUUUGGCAGUAACUGUGAGGAUUUUAAUGAUCUAUUUAACCUCUAUUUUCGAGUCAUGGCUCCUAAAAUAAUGUCUGUUUAGUAAGGAAAUGCUGUGUUAUUAAGAGUUGAAUGAAACUUAAAGAAAAUCCCCCUGGGAGCACAAGACAUAACAAAUAGAUUGCUAUGGUGGUAGAGACGGGUCCUCAUAUUCAGUUGAGUCAGAUCAUAUUUUUCCUGCUGACAAGCAUUGUUUGAUCCAUCUUGUUUUAUUGUUGUGGUGAGAAGCAUCAGGAGAUGUUUAUUAUCUUUCUUUAGAAUGACAAGACUGACAUCUACUGGAGAGCAGCUGAAGUACCUCAUUGGUGUGGCGUGGAAACAACACAGAAGCAGGAAAUGUCUUCUUUUUUUGAUUAAGCACAGCAGCACAUGAGGACACGACCCCUUUGUUUAAACUAAGACUAUCCUUAUGGAGGAAGAGAGAAAUAAUAGAUGUGUGUAAUUGUCAUUUAUCUUAUAAUAAAACAGCCUUGCAAUUGUCUUCAUUUA